UCAUAUAACAAUGGUAAACAAUGAAAAUGAAGUGUCCGGAUCUAAUUUAGAGAAAAAUGGACAAGUGGGUGAUCAGAAAAAACGUUAAGAAUCCAACUGGGAAUGGGGAAACAGGAACAAGCAGAGAUCAGCUGAACCUGAAUCCCAGUCAAGAAAUUGGAACUGAGGAAAUUCGUGACAAUAUCUUGACUCCACCAGACCAUAUAAAUUUGACUCUCACCACAGUUAAUAAUAAUAAUCCAUUUAAUUACACUAUUUUAUAUCUUUAUAUAAAAUUAUCUUUGAGGUAG